CAACUUCAUGACUGCCACCGCAUCACUCUCCGCAACCAUCUUUUGGAUGGAAAACAGUUGGUGAGAUGCAUAUGCACAGAUAGUCGAGUCGCGAAGGUCUUCCUAUCGCCACUUCACAUGCGACUGACUUGAGUUACUGGCGAAUCUUUGUCCCCUGACACCAUGGAACGGCCGCCAUCCUCGUUCGCAAACGCGACCUCGUACCUACCCUCACCGGCGGAUCUUCUCCUCGUCUUCCCACGCCUACUCGCUAAAGCCGGUAUAUAUGCGGAGAAUCUUGACAUGGGCAAGAUGUUGUCGGGCGGUAGCAUAAUUGCGGAACCAACAUCCGUCAACAUUACGAACAGUACCGCCGCCAUGACGGGAAGCACAUUCGUUCAGCAGUCGGCGGCAGCUGCAGCAAGUGCCGUUGCAAGCUCCCAGGAUGAGUCGGGACUUUUCCAAUCCUUGAAAAACAUUGGAACUGUAUUCACCUACAUUACAUCGAAGUGGGCGAUAACUACGUUUGCAACAGCUAUCUUGCUGAAUCGAACCCAUUUCUACGCAUCUAGCCGUGUCCCACUCUCGUUCAACCGUAUCUAUCUCCGGUUCGCCUUAUACAUUCUACCUACGCUGUUGUUUGUGUACCGGAUUCAAAGUCUCCUCCGGGCGAUUCACUGUCAAACAUCGCCCGACUGGUCGAUAAUGCAGUACGGAGCUACCGGGAGACGAUUAGACACUGAUUUUGCGGGGGAAGGGGGGUUCCUGUGGUGGGCAAGCUCUCUCUUGCUAUUUGGAGAAGACCCUGCGAUCUCCUGCAAGGCUGUGAAUAUGUUCCCCCUGGACGCAGGCUCAACACGCACUGCAGGAUCUUUGGCCCUUCUCUGGCCGCUGUUUCUGUCGCUGGGCUUCAGUCAGUUCAUCGAGACGCUUGCCUGUGCAUUGCAGGGUCGCCAGCCCUUGCCUGAAGUCGGCAUGACCAUUUUCGAACAUUCUCUUGCAUUUGCAGAGGCCGAGGCGGUUGUCACAAAGCCUUUUGCUUUAGAUACUGCUCGAUUCUGGAAGCCAAAGCCCGUCUUCACUCCAGAUGGGACUUCACUCACAGUCUCACGUGCUACUCUCUCUUCUUUCGCGAAUGUCCCGCCUGAGGUACUACUGAUUUCUGUCAUAUCCAGUUUCAGUCACCUUACAAGCAAUGUCCUUGCAAUUGCUGGCCUAAGGGCACGUUUUCGCCUUGUGACCACUGGCAUCUGGGGCAUCGCAUACAUGUCAGCAUUCCUCUGGAGCUUCUUGCGAUUUGCCAUGUUAGACUCGCAACAUGGUGCUGCGAUCGGUAUUCUGAGGUUUCCGACUGUAUGCAUUGUGGGCUUCAUCCCGCAUCUUCUCAUCAUAAUCGGCAUAGUUGCGUGUGGAACCAUAUAUUCUUUGGCAUUUGCACUAACCGUCCUCUCUCCACCUCCCAAUCAGCCUGCCUCGUUGACGUGGCGAGAAAGGUUUUCAGUUGCAUACGAGAAUCUACAUGCCAACAUUCAUCUGUCCGCAAUUACUCCUCUAACGAUCAACUGGCAUGAGGACUUCUACACUGCCAUUCUGAAAGUCGGCUUCACUGUGCUGACAGCUGCAAGCGAGGCUGUCUAUCUGAACGAAGGGACAAGGGUGAAUGUGAAUUCCAUGACUUGGCUAGAGAAGAAGAGGCUUCAAGAGCUGAUUGCACGGCAACGGACGUUCCGACAGAGCCUCACCAACAUUCCUCGUGAAUUGCAUGGAGAUGCAAUGGCUGAAGGUAUCGAGGUUUUGGACAAGGCCAGCAGCGAUGUCUCCCAAUCUGCAUCCGGCUACGCUCGAGAAAGAAAAACCAAAAGUGCAACUGCAGUGUCCGAUGCCACUCGUGCCGCUGGCAGAGAUAAUGGGGUCGGAUUACAACAGCGCCGAGGUCGCUGGACCUUGGCCUACCAUUUCCUGAGAAGCAUAUCCCGUCUUCUCAUGGCUAUCCAUGCCCGAGUCAUCAUAUCGGUCUUGCGAACGGUGCGGAUCACGUAUUGCCCUAGGUGGCUUCGCCAGAUCGCUGGCAAUGUGUCAGUGGAGAAACGACAAGGCCAUGCCUCCCGCAAUGCCCCUGCUAGGUUUGCUACUCCUACAGAGCCGUGGUUGUACGUCGAUGAGAAUACACGUUUCAAGCCCGCUCUGACAGCAGAUCUGGAGAACGUUGUUCGCGAAAAACUUCGCGAAAACGGCGUCUAUGAAGAAAUGGGAACUCCCAUGGUGGAGGAACACAUUACUGACUAUCUGUAUAACUGGUGGAAACGCGGAGGCCGUUGGAGUGAGGUCGAUAUGAGUGGCGACUACGUCCCACCACUUGACGACGAUACAACAAGUGUCGUAUCACUGGAUACUGCCGCCACAGAAGACGAGUGGUCAGAUGUUAGUGAUGAUGGCCAACGAACGCCUACGCAAAACUGGCCCUAUGACAAUGAGCGGGAGUCAUCAGUUCAGCCGGAAAGCACAAUUGAUUUGGCACGUUUGUCGCAUCUUCUAGACCCAAAGACCGAUGAAGAUCGGCAGGAAGCACGACUAUUGGCCCGUCAUCUCCAGGAACCUGGAAUCAUGACACGCUCUCGUUAUCGUCAAUUGAUCGAGCGCGAGGAAGCUAGAGUCCUAACUUCGUCGCGAUUGCCAAUCACGCUAGCAGGUGGCAGUAAUAUGACUUCGGAAGAAGAGGAACAGGUCUUGGAAGAGUUCAUCCUCAACAAACGAAAGAUCGAUGAGCAGGGCACGAGCAAAGCCGGCACCUGGGAUAGUGGUGCCGAGGGAAUGGGGUCUGAAGGUCCUCAAUGCGUUGUUUGCCAAUUGAGCCCACGUACAGUUCUGGUCUGGCCAUGCUUAUUCACGGCUUACAAUUUUGGCAAUGUCCACGAGGAACAUAACCCGUCCACCGCAUUCAAGAACGAUUUGCCCCCCGAACCACCCCUCGAUAACAGCUCUACAAUUUCCCAGCAUGGAAUUCUCCACUUCGAUGAUCGCCCAACGUCCCUGCCUCCUCAGCAUGAGGAGCAGAGAGACUCGUGGCGACUCUCAAAUGGAAGCCGCACCAGUUCAUUUACGCGUUCCCCUGAACGCGUUCUUGCGGAUGAGUCCGCGCGACUGAACGGCAAUUUCACCCCACUCCGGGAGCCCCGCGAUCGAAUUUCGGAAUAUGAGAAUGCCUUGACUUCAUCUGUCAAGAAACGCUCGGAAGGUCCGAUCUUUGAGGUUAUUAAGAAGCCUAGGAAGCCUGGCGACAUGGCUUCCCCAAUUACUGAUUUGCCAAAUGAAAUCCUAACGCAUGCUCUAUCCCAUCUUUCUCCAAAUGACCUCGCUGCUGUCUCUCUCGUAUCGCGCCGAUUCAAUUCUCUCGUCACCACCCCGCAUGCGUGGCAAGUUGCCUUUGCUCGCUACUUCCCUGGACCUGAAGCUCUUAUUGAUCCUGAGGUGCGACUGGGUGCCGAGGAUGCUGGGGACUACGUCCGAUCGGAGAAGCGAUCAUUCGCCAGACUAAUGGCAUUGACUUCGUGGAGGACCGAAUACAUAGUCCGUACGAGAUCACUGCGCUCCAUGGCAAGAGGCAAACCUAUUCAAGCACCAUCCACCGUCACCUCAGCGCGUUUGGGCCACACUCAGACUCCAGCUCCCAUUAUCAUGUACAACGCAGAGACAUUUGCCACUAUAAACCACCUGCAUGCUACAUUUGGUGCUGGGUUGAACAAGCGACUUCCUCGAUUCGUUCACGGUGCUGAUGACGUUGGAUUGGUCACCAGCAGCGACCCGACUAGUGGAAAAGUAGAUCCAUGGGGUCGCAGUGAUCCCAACUUCUACAGCCAGUUCUCUGAGCGCUUCCCCGGAGUUGCCGAGUGGGGUCUGGGCGCAGGUGAAAUCGUUGGACGGCCAAACGUCAUGGAUAUCUCGCAGCCGUACGGAAUGAUAUAUGGUCAGGGCUGCCCUGAGGGCUCCUGCUACUACCGAUCAGUAGAAGAAUUGCGUGGUCGCUUCAUCGCACAACCUACCGACCUUUCUAUGCCAGAAGCAGGGGUUCCCAAGCUUGGCGUUGAUGGUGGUUCUAUCUGCAGCGUCUGGCUUGCAAAAUCAAGUACUAUUCCGUCAUUAUCCGAAGGCCUUAUCGGCAUGAUGAUGGGAUCCGCUGCAGGCGUUGUGACGGCCUGCUCUGUUGGUACUGAUGGGCUUCGUGGUCAACGGCUCCAGCGCGGCGAACUCACGGCACGCUGGGUGCUAAGCCCCGGUGUGCCGGUUGUGUCAAUUGUCGUCGAUGAGAAUUACUCCCUUAAGAGGCAAGCGCAGAACCGGAUCUGGGCCGUUGCCCUGAACGCCUUGGGCGAGCUCUUCUAUCUGACCAAGUUUCCUAUCCGCAAUACCGCCCCCCAAAGUCAAGAAAUAGAGCAUUUAGAACAUCACGCCUGGACUACGGGUCGAACGGCCUACUGGAAUCUCAUUGAGCCUAGUAGGCGUACAGCGCGGCCCGACCCUUACAAUGAUAGCGAGACCGAUGGCAGCUACUCGCCUCGAACUUCCUGGGAUAGCAUGUGCUUGAGUAAAGACCAAGUUGCGGCAGAAACGAAAGAGAUCCGGUCAUUUAUUCGAAAGCAACCCAAGGAUUUCCGUGCUUCCUGCCUUGGCUGGGAUAUGCGCCGACGCCUUGAGGUAGAUUUUGCGGGUGACGACGGACACUAUGCCGGAGAAGCUAUGGUCGUCUUCCAGUGUGGGCUUGGGCAAGAUGAGACGGCGGAGAUCAAGAGGUAUACACGAUGGAAAUCAGUGGAAAAGAACAGGAGCUUCCCUAUUCCGAAUGGCGUUGCCGCACGACACAACGCAUCGAUUUUUGGCGGUUCGGCGACGCCAAUCUCAUCUCACGUAGCAUCUACGGAACGUAUAAGGAGCGACUCGUCCAUAUCUACAUCCAGCUCACCUGAAAGGGAGAACUUGGUAGAGGAAUGGCGAUGCUCUCUACUUAGUUUCGGGGGUCUCAAAAUGGUUCGCAUUUCCGCGACCACACUGGACAUUUCGACAUUCGCCACCAUGACAAUGUCAGAAGAUCCGGCCCUUGGCUUUUCGACUACAUCCACUGCAUCGUCGCCGUACGCUUCCCCUAUGUCAGUGGCUAGCCAGCCGGCUUCACCUGCAGAUAUUCCAGGACAACGCGGCCGCUUCAUUGCUGCUGGAACUCUGAAUGGUGUUGUCCUUCUCUGGGACGUACGUGCCCCCUUUUCUCGUAGCGUGGAUUACGUGAAUAGCAUCGACCCAAUCCGCAUUAUCUAUACCGAAUCGCCUGAGAUAUCAUGUCUUGGUCUCACCGCAUUGCACCUCAUACACGGAGGCAACGACGGCCUAGUUCAAGCUUGGGAUCCGUUGGCGUCUAGCAUGCAACCGAUCAAGACACUGAACUCCCGCUUCUCGUCCCGAGCCCGCAGACGGCUUGUCCAAGCUCAAGCUUCGGUACACGGGGUGGGAAUCAACAUGUAUGCUGCUGGAGCCAUAUGCGUGGAUCCCGAUCCGACAACAUUACGUGGUGCGGUUUCCCUUGGUAAUCAGAUCCGAUACUGGAGCUACAGCUCCUCUGCAGCGGAUCAGUUCAAGAGCAACAAGCGCAGACUCCGACACUCGGAACGAGGUAGCAACACUGCUGUAGAACGGUUCUCGGGCACCGGCAGGACGAACCUCAAAGACUACAUCGCGAACGAGCAGUACGAACUUGAACGAGAGAAAGUCGAGCGAGACCGGCAGGCGGAGCGCUUGGCUGGGCGGUUCGGCGUCGAUUUACUUGCUGACGAAGACGAGGCGCUCGCGUAUGCUGCUAUGUUGUCCCAGGAGAGCCUGGAGAACGAGAAGAAGAAACGGCAAGAAAGCGAAACCAGCAGCGCUCUGUCAAGCACGACAAUCACACCGGAGCCAAGUGUCUCUGGACAAGCUUCCUCGCCUACUCUGGUGGGCGAUCAAGAGCUCGAUGCUGACAUCGCUGAAGCCAUCCGCCUCAGCUUGCAAGAGAACUCGUCUGACUCUUACGGUUACGAUGAUUCCGCUAAUGACCUUGGCCUUGAUAUCCCGAUCAAGUAUGCCAAAGGCCGCAAGUCACCACCGCGCUCGAAGGCCAGCCCAACUGGAGGAGCGCGCGCCAACGGGGGAUCGAGCAAAGAGAGCGAGUUGUCUGAUCUAGAGUUCGCUCUCCAAUUAAGCCUCGCAGAAGAGCAAAGCAGGAAGGAUGCUGAGGAUUCUUUCCCACCUCUGAGUCCCGUGAAUGGUUCCUCUGGAGGGAAAGGCAAAGGGAAAAUGCGUUGGUAGGAGAUGACGUCCUUGCGCCUUUGCUUCACAUUUCCUCUCUACCGCCCGCAUCCAAUGAUUGUGCGAUAGUAUUGUGCUAGAUUUUGCUUCUUCAUCCUUUUCUUUUAAUGGUUCUUCUGUAAUCACCGAUUCAGCCUUUCUUGAACGCGGCGGAUCUCCGAGGUUCGAAAGUACAUGCGGGAUGGUGAUACACAAUUCAUCAUUGCCAAUAUUCAAUUCUCACUAUAGCACACAUUGUUCAAUAUAAUAUUUUCCUGGUUUCUUUAACACAUUGCUGUCAUUUUCCCUCGUCCAUUAGAAACACCAAUAAACUUUCGCAAGCGUCG